AGGUUACUUGAGAAAAAAAAAAAAACUUAACUAUAUUAUUCAAUUUUUUGGUAGUUGCCUAAAAUUAGAUAUUAAUUUGACUGCAAGAAUGAUUCAUUUAUUUGCACAAAUGAGGACAAUUUUCUGUAGCAUUGUUGAAUGUGUACUUAUGAUAAAAAUAAACAUAGAUUGAAACCAAAGUUCCACAAGUGUUUGCUUUGGCUCACCUUGUUUUUCUACUUCUCUUUUUCAAGACAUUACCACCCAACCAAGUUGAAUCUUUAUGUCUUUAACUAUGCAAAAAUUUUAUAUCUUUUUCUAAGAGCUUUUUCUAGAAGUGCUUUUUUCUUUGUGUGUUGUAAAUGUUAGUAUUAAGUUUUACAUGGGGAAGAAAGGAAGUAGUUCAUGGUUAACUGCUGUCAAAAGGGCAUUCAGAUCUCCAACAAAAGAUAGUGACAAAAGAAGUGCUAGAAGAAGAGAAGAUUGUGAUCAAGAAGAAGAUGAAGAAAAGAAGAGAGAAAAAAGAAGAUGGAUUUUUAGAAAACCAGUGAAUCAUGAAACAGUGAAUAAUACUCAACAAAGUACACCAACAAAGUUGAAGAAUGAUGUUGGUACUGUUACAAAUGUUGUUUCAAGGACAGAUCAAGAUGAAAAACAUGCUCUUGCUGUUGCUAUGGCUACAGCUGAGGCAGCAAGAGCUACUGCUCAAGCUGCUGUUGAGGUUGCAAGAUUGACUAAGCCUUCAAAUCAUGCUAGGGAGCAUUAUGCUGCUGUUGUGAUUCAAACUUCUUUUAGAGGUUAUUUGGCAAGAAGAGCGCUUCGUGCACUUAAAGGGUUGGUGAAGUUACAAGCUUUAGUGAGAGGUCACAAUGUUAGGAAACAAGCAAAGAUGACUCUUAGAUGCAUGCAAGCUCUUGUUAGAGUACAAGCAAGAGUUCUUGACCAAAGGAUAAGGUCUACUUCAAAUGAAGGAAGUAGAAAAUCAGCCUUUAGUGACACGGCAAGUGUUUGGGAUUCGCGGUAUCUUCAAGACAUUUCAGAUAGGAAAUCAAUAUCAAGAGAAGGAAGUAGUGUUGCAGAUGAUUGGGACGAUCGUCCACACACUGUUGAAGAAGUUAAGGCCAUGUUGCAACAGAGGAAGGAAGCAGCUAUGAAGAGGGAAAAGUCCUUGUCCCAAGCUUUUUCACAACAGAUUUGGAGAAAUGGUAGGACAUCAUCAAUUGGAAAUGAAGAUGAACUUGAAGAGAGACCAAAAUGGCUAGAUAGAUGGAUGGCUACAAAACCAUGGGAGAAUAGAGGAAGAGCUUCAACUGAUCAAAGAGACUCUAUCAAGACUGUGGAAGUCGACACAUCUCAACCUUAUUCAUAUCUCGGAUCAAAUUACAGAAGAUCACAUCCAAAUUAUCAAUAUAAUCCACACCACCAACCACAAAGACAUUCGAUUGCUUCACCACUCCAUAGGGCACACCAAAAUGGAUCCAUUCACAACCAAUCCAUAACUACACCAUCUCCGGCGAAAUCAAGACCUAUCCAAGUCCGGUCAUCGAGCCCUCGUUGUGUUCGAGAAGAUAGAAGCUACCACCACACUUCUCAAACACCUAGCUUAAGGUCUAAUUAUCAGUACAAUGGCAAUUUGUACCAAAAUAGUAGGGUAGGAACAAGUAGUAAUGGUAGUAACGGCGCUGCUUCUACUACAUCUACAUUGCCUAAUUACAUGCAAGCAACCGAGUCUGCGAAGGCUCGAAUCCGGUCACAGAGUGCGCCGAGACAAAGGCCAAUGACACCGGAGAGAGAUAGAUCGGGAUCAGUAAAGAAAAGGCUUUCUUUUCCUGCUCCUGAUCCUUAUAAUGUAGGAGGAGCCGCAGGUUAUGGAAAUUAUGGACAUAGUUUAAGAAGUCCUAGUUUCAAAAGUGUGAAUGUAACGUCACAUUACGGGUUGGAGCAAAAUUCAAAUUACUCUUCUUGUUAUACCGAGAGUAUCGGUGGCGAGGUUUCGCCUUCUUCAACCGGCGACCUUAGAAGGUGGAUGAGAUGAGACAAUUCAACUGCACUUAGAUCCAACGGCUGUGAAGCGACCGAGUAGUAUUCGGCUACAACUAUGACACAUUAGGUUAUUUAUCACCAUUUAGUUAUUUUAUUUAGACUUUUGUGAUAUUAUUAGUAUUAAUAUUAACCCUUUUCACCCCAAAAAGAAAGGAAAUUACCAAAGGUGAACCUAAAAAUCUGAUUUUAGGAGGAGAGAAACAAAACAAGUACUAUCUUGUUAGGAAGGUGAGAACCAUUAUUGUGUUUUGGUUUUAUCAUUUGUUUUCCAUACUUUUGUUAGGAUGCUAAGAUAAUGUAGUAAGUACCCUACCUCACUUGGGAUGCUUUGUUGAUGUUGAAACAAUUUCCUACACUAUUUCAAUGCCCUUAAAUGAACUGUCUUGUCACAA